GGUCGCGGCGGCGGAGGUGGACGGGGCGGGUUCCAGCAGAGGGAUAUGGGCCCGCCCGAUACAGUACUAGAGAUGGGCUCGUUCCUCCAUGCAGUCGAGGACGAAAUGCUCUGUCAGUCGCUCAUGCCGGACAAAGUCCCACAUUUCAACGCACCAAUCUAUCUCCAAAAUAAGUCUCAGAUUGGCAAGGUUGACGAGAUUCUGGGGCCCAUCAACGAGGUCUACUUCUCUGUCAAGAUGGGUGAAGGCAUGGUCGCGAGCUCCUUCAAGAAGGGAGACAAAGUCUAUAUCUCCGGCGAGAAGCUCCUCCCAAUCGAACGGUUCUUGCCCAGGCCCAAGAUUGCUGGGGGU